UGCAGAGAUUCCCCCCUCUACUACUACGGCCUCAAAUUCACCCUGUCCACCUACGCCACCCUCUUCUCGCUGCUGGGCUUGGCCAUGGCGAGCGCGGGCGCGUACGCCGAGGCGGAGCGGCAGCGGCACAAGACGCUCGAGGGCACCUUCCUGGCGCCGGCCGUGCUGCUGCUGCUGCUCGGCGCCACCGUGUUCGGCGUCUCCUUCGUGGGCACUGUGGGCAGCCUCCGGGACAACCGCGCGCUGCUCAGGGCGUUUUUCUACAUCCUCCUGGCGCUCUUCAUCGCGCAGCUGCUCCUCAUCCUCGCCCAGAUCGCCUUUGAGAGCAAGAUGAACGCGAUUUUCCACUCCAAUAUCCAAGAGGGCAUUCGACACUAUUACGACGACCUCGACUUCAAGAACAUCUUGGAUUUUGUGCAAGAAAAGCUUUCCUGCUGCGGCGGGGACGAGUACAGCGACUGGCGGGUGAAUUUGUACCACGCGUGCAACGGCACCGGCCCGCUGGCCUGCGGGGUGCCCUACACGUGCUGCGUGCGCAAGGUGCCCGGCGAAGUGCCCAACACCCUGUGCGGAUACCAGACCCUCAAUAAAGAGCGCCUGGAGCUGCUGGAGCUCAUCCACGUGCGCGGCUGCAUCCCGGCCGUGGGGCUCUGGCUGCGGGACCACGCGGCCGCCGCGCUGGCCCUCGCCUGCGCCCUGCUGCUGCCCCAGGUCCUCGGCCUCGUCCUGGCCUGGCUCUACUGGCAGAAGCUCAACGAGAUCUUUUCCCGGCGGGACACGGUGGAUUUUAAGAGGUUGGAGCUGCGGGAUCUGAGCGUGGCCACCCUGGACCUGACGGGCGCCGGCUGGUGCUGGUGCCUCCCCCGGGAAGGGGGCUACGUCCCCGUGGGCACCGAGGAGGAGGAGGAGGAGGAAGGCACCGGGCACCAAAGCAAGGUGUGA